AUGCCAGGGCACCAACUGCACAGCUGUCUGCAUGCCGUGGUUUUGGGGCUGCUGCUGCUUCUUAUCCAUGUGAAAGGUCAAAACUCAUCAGAGUCCAGCCCCAUCAGAAACACACACACUGGCCAGAUCCGAGGCAGCCUUGUACACGUGGACACUAAUACAGAUAUCUACAUCUUCCUGGGAAUUCCCUUUGCCAAGCCUCCUGUAGGACCACUGCGCUUUGCACCUCCUGAGGACCCUGAACCAUGGAGUGGUGUGAGGGAUGGGACCUCACACCCGGCCAUGUGUCUGCAAAAUCACGAUAUGCCGAGUGAAUUGGGCCUGCCAGAUAUGAAAACGAUCCUGUCUUCCAUCUCUAUGUCUGAGGACUGCCUGUAUCUCAACAUCUACACACCAAUCCAUGCCCACGAGGGCUCUAACCUGCCUGUGAUGGUGUGGAUCCAUGGAGGUGCACUGGUCACAGGAUCGGCUUCCUUUUAUGAUGGAUCUCUGUUGACAGCCACUGAGGACUUGGUGGUUGUCAUUAUCCAGUAUCGUCUGGGUGUCCUGGGCUUUUUCAGCACUGGAGAUGAGCACGCCAGAGGAAACUGGGGAUACCUGGACCAAGUGGCCGCCCUGCGCUGGGUCCAGCAGAACAUUGCCUACUUCGGAGGCAACCCUGACCGGGUCACCAUUUUUGGCCAGUCUGCAGGUGGCACAAGUGUGUCUUCACAUGUUGUGUCCCCGAUGUCCCAAGGGCUCUUCCAUGGAGCCAUCAUGGAGAGUGGGGUGGCCCUGCUGCGUUUGCUUAUCUCCAACACCUCUGAGACAGACUAUACUAAGGUGGCCACACUCUCUGAAUGUGAAGCCAUGGACUCAGAGACCCUGGUGCGCUGUCUGAGAGGCAAGAGUGAAGAGGAGAUGCUGGCUAUUACCAAGACCUUCACUUAUAUCCCUGCUGUGGUGGAUGGGAAGUUCCUACCCAGGCAUCCCAAAGAGUUGUUGGCAUCUGAGGAUUUUCACCCUGUCCCCAGCAUCAUCGGUGUCAACAAUGAUGAGUUUGGUUACAAACUUCCUAAGUACUUGGGCUAUCUUCAGGGAAUAGAGAACAUAACCAGACAGAAACUGCCAGCUUUUCUGAACUUUACAACAUCACAACUGAAGCUGCCUCCUCAGAGUGAUGACCUGCUAAUGGAAGAGUACAUGGGGGACACUCAGGACCCAGAGACCCUCAAAAUACAGUAUAAAGAGAUGAUAGCAGACUACCUGUUUGUGAUGCCUGCUCUCCAAGUAGCACAAUUUCAAUGUUCCCAUGCCUCUGUCUACUUCUAUGAAUUCCAACAUCGACCCAGCUACAUAAAGGAACCCAACGCACAGGACGUGAAGGCUGACCAUGGAGAUGAGAUUGCUUUUGUCUUUGGGUACCUCUGGGGUAUGAAACAUGACUUCACUGAGGAAGAGAAGCUGCUGAACAAGAGGAUGAUGAAGUACUGGGCCAACUUUGCACGACAGCGGAACCCCAACAGUGAGGGUCUACCCCACUGGCCUAAGAUGAACCAAAAUGAACAGUACCUGCAGCUGAACACCCAGCCUACUGUGGCCCAAAACCUGAAGGCCAGUAGGCUGCAGUUCUGGACCAAGACUCUGCCCCAGAAGAUCCAGGAGAUAAACGGGGCUCAGGGAAACCAUGCUGUAGUGUUCGACCCGUAUGCCGCACCCUUCAUGUGUUACAUCUUAUUCUUCUGGGCAAAUUUUUAUUGGUCUUAA